GUGUAUUCGAACCCUGCGAGCGGGGGGACGUCAAUGACUGACGGACGGAUCAUCCAAACACGGAAGUUAGUGUUUUGUUUUGAACCAGAAGUCUCCUCAUGUUCUCAAACUAACUCACUCACUAACUCCUCCACACAGCAGAUAUAUAGUGAGCUCAGCGGCUAAAUGAAGAGUUUAUUAGUCAGUGUGCAGUAAGUGAACGCUGAGAUGUCGAACAUUAAAGAGUAUUUAGAUAAGGUGAGGUGUUUCUAUGAGCGGUACGUUGAGUACGUGAAGAGAAACCCAGCUGCUGUUGCUCAGCUGGAGAGCACCGUGAGGACGCUCUCAUACCUCAUCGCAGGUCGAUUUGCAGAUUCACAUGAAAUAUCUGAACUGGUGUACUCUGCCUCCAACCUGCUGGUGCUCUUCAAUGACAGUAUUCUACGCAAAGGGCUGCGAUGUGCCUUCCCUGUGCCUCUCUCCCAGCAGAGACUCCUCACCUGGCUGUCUGUGAUGGAGCACCUGGAGGUUUUCCUGGAGAUGGGAGCCUGCAAGCUGUGGGGUGAUCUUGGCCGCUGGCUGGUGAUCGCACUCAUUCAGAUUUUUAAGGCAAUUUUUCGCCUCGUGCUUUUUCUGUGGUACAAAUCCGGCAUCCAGACUACACCUCCCAUACUCCCCCUCGACAGAGGUGCAGAAUUUGUCAGUGAAGAUGACGGUAACCUGGAGCAGCAAGAUGACACCUGCUUCGUGGGUCAGAGGUCAGGACGGGUCAUCAGGCCACUAGGCAGCGCUCCCUCCCUACAGGCCCGACUGUGGGGAGCCCCGAGUCAGAAGAAGAAGAGGAGGAGCAGCUUAAACGGGGAGAAGCUCCUCAGCAGACCGACGCAGCUGAAGCUCCGGGAGACCCUCGCCGAGUCCGUGUACAUCGGACGGCCGCUUGUACACUUACUCUGCCUCGGACUCUGUGGGAAACACUCCUGGAAACCGUGGCUCAUCUCUGGAGCCCUCGAACUUUCCAGUUUCGCUGUGCUCAGUGAUACGAAAUUUCUGAAUCGAUGGGAGAGGGCCGAGAUGAAGAGGAGAACAUUCCUUCUGCUGUACUACCUCCUUCGUUCACCCUUCUAUGACAAAUUCUCUGAGGAAAAGAUUCUCUUCCUGCUCAGACUGCUGGCGGAUCACGUUCCAGGAAUCGGCCUUGUGGCACGCCCUCUGAUGGAUUACCUCCCCACCUGGCAGAAGAUCUACUUCUACAACUGGGGAUAAAACCUGCUGCUGGAUGAGCUCCCAUCUUUGAUGUUUGCAAGUCAUCAGGGCAACGCUGAUGAACUGUCCGGAGACAGAGACGCUUGUUAUAAUCCCCCAUAAAAUCAGAUAAAAGUGACGUGGAGAUGAUUCCCACUUCUGACUGACAGCGAGGACCUUCUUAGUAACAAAAUGUCUCCAUUCACAAGUCUAAAUCAGAAACAUGUGUUGUGUUUUUCUACAGGUAUAUUACCGUGUUUCAGACACUACAAAGCACUGGUGUGACUAAUGCUAAAAAAAACUAUUGUUUGCCUCGUGUGUCAGAUGUCACAGAACUUAAUUGUUUGAUGAUUCAUACCAUUGCUAUUUGCAUCGAGACAGUUUGAAUGAUGUGCGGUCGAAUAUUUCUGUGAUGUUAUCUCGUUACGUUCUUGUCGGACACCCUUGCCCUCGUGCUUCAUCGGUCAAAGUGAGCAGCCUGGUUUGUCAAGAACAAGAGGCAGCGGUUCGCUGGAGAGCAGAAAUCUUAAAACUGAAAGCAGCAAUGACUGAGAAGAAGCACAUAAACCUUGAGUGACCUCAUUACCACCAGCAGGCGUUGAAUUUCCAGUUCUUGUUGGGAGAGUUUUCAUGCAGAAAAAAGCCGUACAAAACCAGUGGAAAUGCAACAUCAUGUAACCUUGUGAGUGUGUGUGAGCUGGAGUCAAUGACGAGGACAAGCCAAGAGGUUUUAAACCUUUAUUAACAUACUGAAUAAGUUUCUUUUUGUAGCCUACAAAUAAAUAGUUGAAUGUUU